UCUUAUUUGGUCUCGAUUGGACAGAAAAGGAAAGAAGGGGGAAAUGGCGAUGGGAAAUCUCUGUUUUCUCUUUGUUUGGACGGCUGUAAUAAUCCAUCACUCCUACGGUGCCGAUCCUGCCUUCUCUAAUCUGGAUGGUACACACACCAUGGCGGACACUUCGACAACCACUCUGUCGAUCUACCAGAUAUCAGCUACAGACGGGGACGGCGACGCCCUCACCUACUCCAUGACAGUAUCAUCGGGGUACUUCGACCUCAGCGGACAAGAUGUAAGAGCCACCGGGGCCGUUCCAGCAGGUGUAUAUUCCCUGACGUUUAGAGUGAUUGACACGACAGGAGGAAUAGAUACUGGAACUCUCACGGUUACUGUGACAAACUCCGCACCUACACUGACGAAUAGCGCAUGGACCGCCUCGGCGACUGAGUCGGAAACUAACGAAGCCCAGCUAUUUCUCAUAGAGUAUACGGACAACUCUGCCUCCGACUACGUUGACUGUGUCGUCCAAUCUUCGACACCAACGUCAAACGACUUCUUCGUGCGUUACGACUCGACGAACAGCAAGUACGCGGUGUACGCUCAGCAGAACCCCACCCUCAACCAAGCUUCAUAUUCACUGGCUAUUGCCUGUACUGACCUCAGCGGAGACUCCGACACCGGAACACUCGUUGUCACUGUCGUACAGAACGCAGAUCCAGUCUUCCAAAAUCCUGGAGGCUCGGUGUCCAUUGCUAGCGGGUCCACAUCUGUCGGUACAGCUGUACAUACAGUAACAUCUACCGACACAGACAGCCAACAGCUAUUCUACAAUAUGACUACCAGCCCUGUCGGCGCACCAUUCCAGAUACAACAUUCGGGCGAUAUUCUCCUGACCCAGUCCCUCAUCGGUCUGACCACACCCACCUACACUUUGUCCGUCUACGUGUACGAUGGUUAUAAUCUGGUGGGACCGGACACCGUCACCAUAUCCAUCACAGAUAUCAACACCGCUCCGACCAUUGAUAAUCUGCCUGCCACAACGAGCGUGGCAGAGAACACGGCGGCGGGUACAUCCAUUUUCCAGGUGACUGCCACGGAAUCGGACGCUGGACAGACCUUGACGUAUACUGCGUUCAGCAAUCCCGGAUCAGCCAUGUCGUAUCUCAGUCUAGAUAGCUCAACCGGUCUCUUGUCGACUUCUUCAACCAAUAUUAAUUACGAGACGGCGGCGGCGAAUUCGGCGACGACUGUGACGGUGUCAAUCAUUGUGAGCGACGGAGAAGCGACAGUAACAUCCGACCUCACUCUGACCUUCACCGACGUGAAUGAGGCCCCGUCCUUCCAAAAGACUCAAUACACUUCCAGUGGCAACGAAGGAUUGGCUGGUUCAAGCUUCAGCAACCCCAACUUCGUCAUUAAUGACGAGGAUACAUCAGAUGCUCAUACAUACAGUAUAGACUGCGUGUCCACAUUUGCAAUGGAUCCUUCUACUGGCGCCUUGUCCCUCGUUACUUCGUAUGACGUCGACACCGGAACUGCCUCAACAACUGUAACGUGCACAGCCACAGUUUCGGAUUCUCUGCUAACCGAUACGGCGACGUUGACGGUUACUAUAGGGAACAUCAAUGAUAACACGCCGAUAUUUAAUCCGGCAGUGUACGUCUGGUACACAGACAGUUCAGCCACCAUCGGUGCCACUGUAGGCACCGUAACGGCAACGGACGGGGAUAUCGGAGACUUCGGGACGUUUUCGUACACAUUGGACAAUUCCGCCGAUGCUGCCUAUUUUGGUGUUAGUAGCGCAGGAGAUGUCUACGUCAAAAAUAACGUUACUGCUCUUGGGAAUGGUGGAAGUACACUGGCAUUCAUCGUCACGGCAAACGACACUGGGGGUUUAACAGCGAACGCGGCUGUGCAGGUUAUCAUUCCCGCCACGACCACUACCUCCACCACGACCACUACCGAUCGACACAUGACCUUUGCCGAGAGCACAAGCAAUGUGGCUUGGCUAACGACAUUUUGUGCUGUGGGGUUGUUAUUGCUAAGUCUUCUGAUAUUCAUGGCGUACAAAAACGGUUUCUUCACCUGGUUCGUGGAACUCUUGGAAAGAAUGUGGGAAGCCUGCAGACCAGGAAAGUGCUGUGAAUCCGAGGAAGAAGAGGAGGAAUUUGAAGAAGAGAGCGAAGAGGAGGAAGACUAUUCGUAUACUCCACCACCACGUAACCAGAAGGUAGCCACCAUAGGCGAGUACAGUUGGAAUCCUUGGAAACAAGACAAUAAAUAUUAAGACAGGGGAUCAGUUAAAGGGAUGUGUUUGCUGCAACCACCGAUUCCAUCACCAUCACUUACACCGCACAAUCAGACGGGAAGGAGACAGUUCCCUUCGACUUUUUGUUAUAAUUGUUUUGUGUUGAUAUAAUCAAAAGCAUUUGUAGUUUUAUAUUGAGUAAUAAAUAUGUCGUAAGAAAAACUAGAAUAGACGGCCGUAUGGCGGAAUUUUGCCAAUUUUCCCUUGUUGAUAAUUUUUCGAAAACGUAAUGUAAAAUAUCAUCCUCAGCUAUCCAUUAUAACAUGUGGCCAAUUUUCGAGCAGCUGAUUCGAUACGCACAACCUACGAACAGCAAUGACUUGACCAUACCGGGUGUUGACACCGAACAUCUUCGGGCUGCAGUGUUCACUCUCCAGAGCCUUAAGAGGCAUCUAUUUUUAAAAUAUGAUUUAGACGGUAAUAGUUAUGAUAAAAUCUAGCAACAUGGCAAAUGUAAUAAGUGUAUCUUUAUGAUUAAUAUAAAACUAUAUGAAUAUUUAUCCUGUAUGUCUUGCGUCAACAUCCGGUAGUUCAGGUCAUGGCUUUUAGUUACGUAAUUUAUAGACUAAUGAAAACUGUUUUUAAGUUUCUGCCAUAUUCAUGUGUUUUCGCAAAUCAAUAAGUAUGCUUUUAUGUUUAUAACUUAAAUGAUAUGGAGAUAUUAUACCGGUAUACAUAUAUUAUAUUCUCUAUAAGAGCCAACUGAUACAGUCUCCGUUAGUACGUUCAGUUAUAUUAGCUCGCCUAUUCGAAUAAUAGAGGACUCACCGAGUGUCGGCGUUACUAGGUUGAACCUUUGUCGCAAUUAUUGAAAUGCUCUGGUAUAUAAUUAAUUGUGUGAACUAGAUUGUAUGAGGGUAUAGUCUUUUUUAAUUGAAUGAUUCAUUUAGGUAAAUGAUAGAAAUAAAAAUGAACAUUUUUUUGUGUGUGUGUGUGUUGUUUGUUUUUUUUUAAGUAUUAGUACAUGUAUAUCAUUGAAUGCUUGUACUAGGAUGCAUUUGGUUUCAGGAUAGUAAUUAAAUGUACAAUUUAUCCAAAUGGAGUAGGUAAAGUUUUGUGUUUCAUUUCAAUAUUUAAAUGUUUUUUGUUACUCAAUCCUUUGCUUGGUUUUCGUUUAGACACGUCUCGAUAUAUUUUAUUAUACAAUUACUAGAAGUAAAUUAGAGUUGUUAGAUAUUAAAAUAUCCCAGUUUACAGUAUCCUCACUAUAAGUGAUCACUUAUUUCUACUGAUAUAUGAUAUGAUUUUGCUUUGUCUAAUGCAUCAGACAAAAUACAUGUACAUUUGUAGCUAAUACACAAAAUCUGGAAGUAGUAGACCUCAUCUAUAUGACAUUUAUAUUUUAUAUUUUGCGAUCUUUCUCUUCUUUUAUUUAUUCAAUAAAUAGAUUUAUUGAUUUAUUUUUUGAAGUGAUAACACUUUAACAUUGAUUGGUUGUUGAAUAAUUUCAGAGGAAUAACAAUGACAUUGCUGUGUUCGGAUGAAAAUGUAAAACAUAUAUAAUUGGGUUGGACUAAACCUAGGCCUUGACAAUACCAAUAUUGAUCUCCAUAGAUAUACAAUCAUCUGGUAAUUUGCAGAGAUGGUUACGACCGAAACAGUCCUGAUCAGUAAAAAUGAAAGGGUUUUUUGCCUGGUCAGAGCACAGCACUGUACAUUACAUGUCAUCUGGUGAUUAAGCUUUUUCAUGUCACUACAUUAUCUGAAACAAAUGAUAACAAUUAUGUACAGUUUCAUACAACUGAAAGCAUCGGGCAACACACAAACUGUACCCACACUGUCGUUUAACUAUUUGUAAACAUAUAAUGCUACGCCAACAGUUAAUGUAUACAUAUAUAUUGGUAAAAACACACAAAUAUCUACUUACUGACAAUUCAUGUGAUUCGCUAAUUGAGCUGUAUCACGUAUAUACAACACAUAUGUUCAUAUCCUUGUUUGCCCCUUUUUAGCGGAACAAAUCAUCUAUAACUUAUCGCAUUUUGGUAUUGCACUCGAAAUAUUCAGCAUUUUUGUAUGCUUUAAUUGAAGGGUUUUAUAUUAUCAGAUUAGCAUAUUACCCACAAUGCACUGCAUGAUAUAAACAUGCUGUGUUUCAUUUUCCUCCAUGUCGUUAUAGUUACCCAAAUUGAAGUUAUGAGACUGAAUACUACAAUUGACAGUGAUUCGAUCAGUGUAGGAACACAGCUCUAUGUGGUCUAGGCAAAACAUAUAAACAUGGCUGCCAGUUACUUUCGGUAUCAAUAGGCCUAGAGAGCUGUCUAAAUUUGUCAGCAAUUAGCCAUAUAAGCUACCACAAAAAUGAUUAGAUAAAGCAAUAUCACAAGUUAUGAAGCUACAAAUUUAUUAUAAGGGGUAUUUACAAUAAGAGCUGUAUUUGGACGGAAAUACUUAUAUUGUCAUCAUCUAUAAAAUAUUAUGAAUUUUCUGUUACCGCGUGUAAAAAAUGUAUAUCUAGAAUUAAACAAUUACUACUGUAAUUUGUAUUGUUGAUUGUGAACACUUUGGCAUGUCUUCAUCUAUAGAGUGUCUCGAUGCCUACACAAUCUUGAUCUUAAACGCACGAUCAUCACGCGGUUAUUAUAUGUACCUUGGUAAGUUUAAAUGUCUAAGUGUAGGAAGGGAACUGUACGCUGGUCAUUAGUGCGGCUCAUCGAACUGACUCGGCCUGACUUGACACAUGAUAUAUGUAUCUGGAGUAAUUUUC